AUGGAAAACAUAAUAAAAGGAGAACAGCUAUUUUUGAUGGAGUUUUUAGUGGACAAAGUCAAUAUUCCUGCGAUACGGGCAAUACAUAAAGAGAUCUUGCCGGCGAAAACAUGCAUCUCGUUUCAAAUAUUGGAUUUGCCCCCUCUUAAUAUUUAUCAAGAAUCACCAACGGAAGCUUGCGCCUGCAUCGAUAAAGGACCGCAAGUCUUCAAAAAGGGCAAAUCUUGCCUAUUCGCUCUUGCAAACGUUGUUUUGCAAAAACCAUUGUGCAGUUUUCUCGUAACAAUGUCCGUUUACAAGGAAUUGCCACCAGGAGUCUUGCCAGAUGUGAUGUUAAUCGGUACUCAUCAGAUUCAAGUUCGCGAUCUUAUAAACUCGCUAUUGAGCCAGCAGAUCUUCCAGAUCGCCUGCAAACCGAAAAUCAAGGAUACUUUUAAGAUUACCACGGCAACAGGACAAUGCGUGGGCCAAGUCACGGUUUUUAUCCGCGCCUCGUGCUUCGGCAGGAAGAUCGUCACGCAAUUUCAAAUUCCACACGAUAGAAAACCUUACCUCUUUAAGGGCGCCGAUGACGGUCCUGUGUUUCAAUGCAAGAGGAUAACUUCCGCUUCGGACAGAGAAGGGACGAAGUGUGCGUGUCCUCCGAAAAAAACUGGCGACGGCAGCGGAGAGGCUGCGAGGAUCUGCUGUCCGCGAAAGGAACGACUGGAAGAUAUCGAGAGGCUCGAGUGUUCACCGUGCUGUCGCGGUAUUCGAGACAGGAGCAAGGAAACUAUCCGGAAGUGUGGUUGCGUCGUCAAGAAAGACCGGACUUGCAGCUGCGUCCGAACGAACGUCAGACGCUGGAAAUGAAUAGGAGAAUUGCUCGCGGAACGCUUUUCAAGGAUCAACAAGCUAAAGACAUAUUCGAGCGAGUGGCUAUCGAUCCUGGUGACCGUCUCGAUUCUUAACCAACUUCCGCGCGCGCUCCUGCGUAUUUAGAUCUCCGUUUAUUCCUGGCCGGCGUCACGGGGAAAGCGACACGAUGGCGCGAUGCCAGGGGGAUGCGACCACGGGAGGAAGGGAGGCCCGGGUCGACGACACCGGGUUGCCGCCGCGCUCACCCCGCCAACCCCUUAUCCAUCGUCGCCGCGGGGUGCUAGGCCGAUAUUGUCGCGUCUGCGCGAUGAACAACAGUUGGGAGACUGUCUAGUCGGGCCGGACGGCUUCGCGACAGAGUCGUGCCGCCGUGCGGCGUCGGGGGACGCGCGUUAACCCCUCGCCAACCUCGAUAAAGACGCCUGGCCGAGGUGUUGACGACACCCCGGCGACGACAACG